AUGUCGAGGAAGAGCUCGGUCUCGAGCGCGCCCCACAGCCCACUGCGGGAGGCUUUUGUCGCCUCGCCCGUCUCAAGCUCGACUCGGUCGCCGACACGAGCAAAUUACGGUCUUGCAGGUCCACAGGGCGCCAAUGGAGCCACGCUCGAGGUGCCCGACGGCAGCUCUGCCUUUGGCCAUCAGACGCGACUGCAAUGGGUUCUUUCUUGGGGAGACAAAGAAGUCGCACGAUGGCUAGAGGAGAACAAGUGCGGCGCUCAUGCUCAGACGUUUCGCAACAACGAUAUCACGGGGGCUGUCUUGCUGGAUGUAGAUCAGUCUGCUCUCAAGGAGCUAGGCGUACAGAGCGUAGGCGAUAGGAUCAAGAUCGUCGUCGCCGUGAAGAAAUUGCGUCAGGCGUGUAGCACUUCUUCGCUCGCUCCCCCCAGUCCUUCCCACAAGGCAGGUUAUACAUCGCCCCAGCUUUCGCCACAACGAGCUGCAUUUGCGCGGACAAAUUCGCCGCUCAGCAAUACAUUUGCCCCGAGCGAAACCGCCCUGGGUGCGCGGCGACUCGCAGCUAGCAAAGGCACCUACCGAAUACCGCCCCCUCUACACCUGCCUAGCUCCUCUUCGCGCGACAAGCUCGGUCAAGCUUACCAAAGUGCGAGUGCUGCCUCAAUUGCGACGGGCACGCAGUCGGCGCAGCCUUUUCCCUCUGCGUCGUCCUCAAAUGGGUCGAAUGUCUCCAUCGCGGUCAACGGUCACACGACCAUGCGCGGCCAAGACUCGCCCACUACCGGCGCACCGCGAGUGGCAAGCACAUUACCUCCGCCUGCACCACCCCCGAAGUCGUCCCUGCCACCACCGCCUGGCACCGCGCCUCGCUCACGAUCUGGUUCGUCUGCUCAGGCGCCAUCAAUACAGACAACGACUCCCUCGCCCGUCGUGGCGACACAGCCUAGCGUGUUCGGGUCUAGUCUGACCAAUCCCGAGACACAAGCGCCGGUCAGGCUUGAGCGUAAAGCGAGUCGAUCAGGUCACAUAUUCAGCAAUGUCACUGCCCUCGGUCUGUCCCAUCGGCGAGGAAGCUCGCAAAGCAACAACCCCCUCACGGGCACAGGACUCGUCAACCCCAAUUCGCUGCCGAGUCUAUCGAGCUCAAGAUCGGGCAGCUAUAGCUCGGCAACAGUUUCGACGAGCACGUACUCACAUCCAUAUGCUCAGACUAGCUCGCCUGCUUACGAUUCGUUCUCUACUGGCUCACGACAAGGCCAAGAAGCGCGAAAAGAUGUUGGUUACAUCGUCGGCAAGGGCAGUUUUGCCAAGCCUUCCACGCCAGGCGGUCUGGUGUCUGUGUCGGCCGCAAGUAAUGCCCUUCCACUGGAGGAUGUACUGCGCAAGACCGUCAAGUUUAUCGGCGAUGAUGGCAUCAGCAAGCUCGUCAGCGUUGAUGAUGCGCGAGAUGCCAACGAGAUCAUGUACAAGGCCUUGCGGAAAUUUGGCAAGAUCUCUGCCGGUCAACGGCCGUCGCCCGCUGCCUAUACUGGCAAUGACACCUUUGUCGAGAUGGAAGGAUGGGGCGUCUUUGCAAGUAGCUCCGAUGGACAAGUGAAAGCGUUGACCGAGAGCGAGCUGAUCGGCAUAUGCCAGUCGAUCAGUCGGCCAGAGAGGCAGCGCGGGCUGACAUUGCGGCGUUUGCAUCACCUUGCCAAUACAGAAGACUGGCGGUCAAAGCAUCCUACGCUGCGUCACAAGAGUGAAGAAAGCCAGACUGACUUUGCGCCUCAGCCGAUGAGCCCUGCGCCAAUGAUCAGGGAUUCGCGCGUGCCUCUGACCAGUGUGCAGCCUGCUUCGCCCGUCAAGUCAACAUAUUCGGAUGAAGAGCAGGAUUAUCAGCAUCAUGGUUUAAGCAGUCAGCAGUCUGCUGAGCGCAAGCGACAGACCCAGCAGAAUCGUGCGAGCACGAUCAGUGUGAUGUCGGGCCUGCUCGAUUGGUCAGAUGCCAUGUCAGGCGCAGAUGCAUCCCCUCAGCCAGGCCAAGCAGGCAGCCAGAAAGGACCCCUGCGCAGCUUCCUCGGCCAUCGCCCCACAUCAGAGCUCAUCUCCUCGUAUCUGGCCGACUAUUUCCCUGCUGCAGAAAAGAAGAUGCUGUCUAAGACUGCACGAACCAGCAUGCGCAAGUCUAUGGCUAAAAGGCAAAGCUACCUUGAGCCGAAGUCCGGCGAAGGCUUGCCAAGAAGUUGGCAAAACUCUGUCGGUUCUUCGCGAUUCAGCGGCAGCUCGACCGGAUCACAAAGAUUCAAUCGCACCUCAGGCUCGGACGGGACAUCGCUUUAUGAGGUCAAUGAGCUGGGCGAGCUACUUGGCACGACUUCGAUUAGUCCUAUCCAUAGUCCUCCAACAAUCUCAGAGCCAGAGCUGGAUGGAGAGACUUCUACUGCCAGCAACCGUCCCUCGCUCAGAUCACAUCACAGUGGCUCCAGCAGGCUGUCGACUUCCAGCCGAUUGAGUGUUGCGCGGAGUGGUCGCGACUCGGAUGGCGCCAGUUUGCUCACUGUCGAUGAAGUUACUGCCGAACUUGAGAAUCGUAGGCUUAGCACGACGAGUUGGAUGCUGGAUGAGGAUGACGACGAAGAUGACGAUCUCGAGCAAGAGCUGGCCACCUCGCUCUCACCGGACCUCGAUCGUAUAGAACCUGCGGAUGUGGCGGAAGCCAAGGAAAGUGAAGAUCGCAAGCCGGAUGCUGCUGGUCCGCAAGCUAUCACAUCGAAAGGGUCGAAAGCGUCCAUCAAGUGGAUCAAGGGUGUCCUCAUCGGUCAGGGCUCGUUUGGACAAGUCUCGCUUGGCAUGAACGCGACGAACGGCACGCUUAUGGCAGUCAAGCAAGUAGAACGGCCGACGGGAUCAUCACAUAACGAAGAGCGACGCAAGGCUAUGAUCGUUGCGCUCGAACGCGAGAUUGAUCUGCUGAAGACCCUACAGCACGAGAAUAUCGUGCAAUAUCUCGACUCCUCUUUGGACGAAAAUCAUCUCAACAUUUUCCUGGAGUACGUAGCAGGCGGCUCAGUCACAGCUCUGCUUGGACGAUAUGGCUCAUUCGAAGAGACGCUCGUUCGCAACUUCCUUCGAGGUAUCCUGCAAGGGCUCAAUUACUUGCACGAGAAGGGCAUCAUUCAUCGCGACAUCAAGGGCGCCAAUAUUCUCGUGGACAACAAGGGCGUCGUCAAGAUCUCAGAUUUUGGCAUCUCUAAGCGCGUCGAGGAUGGCAUCUUGUCCACCGUGCGCAUCCAUCGGCCGUCCAUGCAAGGCUCGGCGUUUUGGAUGAGUCCAGAAGCAGUAAAGCAGACGACUUACACAAACAAAGCUGACAUCUGGUCGACCGGCUGUCUCGUCGUCGAGAUGCUCACAGGCAGCCAUCCUUGGGCCAAUCUGACGCAGAUGCAGGCCAUCUUCAGGAUUGGACAGUCGACAUCGCCGGAGAUGCCAGAGGACAUUUCAUCCGAAGCGGAAGAUUUUCUCAGCCAGACCUUCAGGCUGAACCACGAGGAGCGGCCCAGCGCGCUCGCGCUAUUGCAUCAUCCGUUCCUCAGAGGCGACACUGACCCCAGCCAGACUCCGACAGUGGCGAGCUUUCCCGACACUCCUCAUGCUAGCAAGUAG